AAUAGCAUACCCCACCCCAACCCACUAGCCAAGCCAAAGCUUUCAAUCAAAUUCAAAGCAACAUGUCGUCGUCGUCGUCCAUCCACGACGACAUACUCACCGUCCUCUGGUCACCAGACCAACUCUCCCACAAAGUUUCCGACUUAGCUUCACAAAUCACCAAUGAUUUCUCAUCCUCCUCUUCUUCUCCUCCUCCUCCUGUCAUCGUUGGCGUUGCAACCGGCGCCUUCCUCUUCCUUGCGGACCUCGUACGCAACAUCAACUUGCCCCUCACCGUCGAUUUCGUUCGAGCUGAAUCCUACGGCUCCGGCACUGUUUCCACCGGUGUUCCCAAGCUCUCCUGUGAUGUCAAGCUCGAUGUUGCUGGAAAACAUGUCGUUUUGGUGGAGGAUAUUGUGGAUACAGGAAACACUGUUUGUCGUCUCAUUUCUUACUUGGAAGCCAAAGGGGCAACUUCGGUUUCUGUGUGUACUCUUCUUGAUAAACCAGCGAGAAGAAAGGUUCAUUUUGAGCUCUUGGGCGAUGGCAAGUUCUAUAGUGGUUUUGAGUGCCCGGAUUACUUCGUUGUGGGGUACGGUCUGGAUUUCAACGAAAAGUACAGAAACUUGCCUUACAUUGGAGUCUUGAAGCCCGAAAUAUACAAGUGAUCGAGACAUGUUAGGAUUUCAUAUAAGACUUGCUGGUUAAGUGUAGUUAAUUGAGUAUUUGAAUGCUGGAGUUGAGAGAUCUAUGAGUAUUUAUAUGCUGGAGUUAAGAAAUCUAUAUUGGCUUUUCUUGUGGUGACCA